UUGAGCAGGACGAAACGUGACGUGCUGGACCAUGAUAUGGAACAAGAACACCACAUUGUCAGCAAAAUGGUCCUUCUCCACAGUAUUGGCAAUGCUGGCAUGCAGAGAUCUUUGCCUCACCUCACGUCCUACAUGGAACCAAACACCGGUGCAUCGCAAUGGCGCAGGGCUGCCAUCUUCGGUCUGAGACAUUUUACAUGUAAUGAAAGCUCAACUGCAUUACUCAAAAGUUCUAUACAUGACAAUGAUGAUAAUGUUCGUGAAGAAGCUUACCAAAUCUUCCAGAAACAUCCUCUGAAAGAUAAUCUUACCAAAGAACAUUUCAACAUCAUUCUAAGUAAAAGUUAUACAUAUCCCACCGUAAUGAGGAUGCGACGAGGUGUGGUUAACGACUUUCUCAAAAAGAUGUCAUUCAGAUUGUAUUUACCAGGCAAGGAUUGGCGAAAGGGAAUCGGAUCAUCAAAGAUUGGUGCCAGUUUUGGCAUCACUAUCAAAAAUGGAAUGGUAUUACAGCUGAGGACACAGAGUGGCUUUUUCAAAAUUGAUGUUCAUGACGAAGCAUUUGCUGAGGCCCAUGUUGGUCUUCUUCAUAUCAACAUUGACAUAUUUCGUGCCAAACUCUGUUUCAGGGGUCACAUCAAAUAUGAACUGAAUAUUUUGAAGGAAUAUGGUAUUAACGAUGUGGAAGAUGUGCUCAAGAUUUUUGAUAAAAUAUUAGAUAAGUUGGUAAGACCAGUGCAAAGAGGGAUUGAAAGCUUUAAAAAUGUCAUCAAUCUGUUCAAGGAAAGAGGAGCUUCCGGGAUUAUCGGAGAACUUGUAGAUACAGUGCGGAAAUUGCCAACCAUCAUGAAGGACAUUCUGCCCAAAGUCACAGCGUUUCUGCACAAGAUUCUCCAUAUAAAUGGGUUGAGAUGGGUUGAAGACAUCAAACAUGUGGUUCUGAGAGUUCGAUCUUUAAUACAGGAUGUCGUACACGAUGUGCUGACAUUCUAUCAUAGCAUUGUGGAUUCAGUGACCGUGACUCUGCCACACAUAGGGAAACAGCUGUGGGAUUCAAUCAACAAAGUCAUUGAAGCGAUCAAGCAUGUCUUCAAGAGCCCUGUACAGACUUUCUCAUCCAUCACCAAGCAGAUACAGAGAAUCAAAACAGCCCUAAUAGAAGGAAUCAAAGCCAAAAACCGAAUUGUUGCAGCUGCAUUUUUCGCAAAAGGUACAACACCAUAUUGGAUGGUAAUGAAAAAAGAUAUUGCUGGAAUCAUUAAGGAAGUGAUAACUGUAAUUAAGUCAAUAACAUCACAUUUCAAAAAUGCUAAUUCAACUGCUGUGGCCCUUUUCAUACCUGAAGAUCUCAAAAAGCAAAGACAUGAAUGGUUGUUGAUGAAGGAACUGACUGGAGAGCUGUGGGACAUUAUUAGUCCCUUAAUUAACAUUAAGGACAUCGCCAAACCCUUUGUACGUCUAUUUAAAGACAUCGUUAACAUAAUUAAAACAGUGAAGAAAGCCUAUGAGUUCACCAAGAAAACAGUUGACGAGGGCAUGUCCCAAAUCAAGAAGAUUUUUGGCAAGAAAUUCCACAGAAGCUUCCCAAAUGAAAGACGACCAGAGACACAACAGUGUGGCCCAGGCGUCUACCCCACAAAUUCUGGGGGGCAGUUCAAGACUAAAGGCUUGGAUUUAUUAUUAGAAUCAGAUUCAAGGGUGGUGAAUCCAAUGACUGGUGUGAUAACUGUCCGAAGUGAAAACGAGAUUCUCAUCGCACCGUCUGCUGCUGGAUUCUACGAUUACGAGAUCAUAAUUGCAAAUGUGAAACCAACAGAGGAAAUUAUCAAAGGGACACAAGAGAAAGGUGGUUUCUUCAUGGUUGCUGGUUCAAUUCUGGGUCAUGCCAUUCACUCCAACUGCCAACCCAACUCUAUCCAUGUGGCUGUACGGAAAUCCCGACAGGAUAAAAGUAGCAAUGAUGAGGACUACACUUACUUGGACCCCGGUGCUUACAUCGAUCGAAUGUUGCCAAGGCCUCACUGGGUCCAGGAAUGUAAUGAUUACAAGUUUACCCACAUUGGACAGGUGUUUGACAGUCAUUCAGCUGUAGAAAAGGCAAAGAAAAUUGCCAAAAACUACAAGCGAGGAAUGUUGAAGAAUAUGGACAAAUUUAAAAACCAAAAACAUGAUCCAAAACCACCUUACCGUCCUAGGGGUUUCGAUCAAGGAGAAGCUAAAUCUUUCACUGAAGAUUUUAGACGGAGCAUGUUGGCAGCAAAAUCUAUGGUUUUCAACCUCUUUAAUCAGAGUAACGAAGGCACGGCGCCCCAGCACACCAUCGGGAGCAUCUUGUCCUUACUGCGGGGCAGAUCGAACCACACAAAAGCCGACAUAUUGUUGCAUAUGGCCGAGGAAUUCAACAAAGCCAAGAGAAAUAUACCUGCCAUGCCUGCCAAAGCAUAUUCCUUACCACAACUGCAGAAUCUGUUGGGUGGAUUUGGUAUCUCGUCACAGCACGGGGAUCACGUCAGUUUGAUCGACCGAGUAAGGAAACUGCCUGGUCUGGUUUGCACCGGCAUGCGGGGUGUAAUAUCUAGCGGACUGGGGCACGUCUGCAUCCCGGACAAAGACUGCCUCGGACUAACCUGUAAUGUGGAGCUGAAUUUCCAUGGUGUCCAAGCCUCAACAGAAGUCGGUCUCAAAUACGACAGCUGCACAAGUCAAUUUUACAUCAGAACAGGAAAGACAACCACAAUGGCAAAAGAUAAAACAAUCAGCAUUGAUGUAGAAUGGGGAAAAAAUUUUCUAAAACCGGGCGCCACAUUUCUUGUUCACCUGCACCAGACUACCUCAACCUUGAUGGUAAACGUUACAGCAAAAUUCUGUCUUCGAGGACGAUUCCAUGUAUGUAGCCCGACCAUCGGAAUUCUCACUGGUGUCCAAAUUGAGAAACCGGCCAGAAAUUGUACCAAAGCCACCUAUGAUCUUCCAUUAAUCGAUGAGGAAACAAAAUCAAUGACCCUUGAAGAAUUCAUUGAUGCGGCAACUGAUACGAACAUCAACCAGACGGAAUUGUUGAAGAUUGGAGACAGCUUACGUGGAGCCUUGUCAGAAAUACUCAAUGAAAAAGAUGCGAAUCGGUCAAAAGCACGAGAUGUCUUUGAGGAGGAAAUUCCAUCAGCUUCCACAGAUAUUUGCUGCAAUGGUGAUAUACCCGUCAAACCACUUGACAUCACAUUCUUCGAUCUCCAUCACAUUUUCAUGGUAGGACCAGUGCCUUUGUCACUUGGUUUUGGUGCAGGUGGUUCUUUGGGAUUGAACCUGCAGGUAGGAGUUUGUUUCCUCAGCCUCUCAGCCAAGUCAACCAUCACACCCUGGGUCGGAGCAAAAGUCUGGGGGUCUUUCGGCAUAAGUAUUGGCUUUGCCAGUGGUGGAAUCACACUGACCGGAUACUUAAUGGACGUCCGGUUUCCAUUGGCUGUAAAGAUACCAUUUUCACAGUUUCCUGUUGGAGUCACGUCCUCAUUGGAUGUUGCUAUUGUUCCCUUGCGCCUAGAAUUAUCAGCCUAUGCUAAACUGUUCCUUUUGUUCACAACUGUGACUGUGUACAGAGGUAACUUAUGGAGUUACCAAAUGGAAGCAAUCAAAAGAAAUAUCUUUGAGGUCACCAAAAAGAAAUCAACGGGUUCAAAACCGGAGAUUGCUACUCUUCCGUCAAAUAACAGAACCAAGCGCAGUAGCUCCAGCUUGGGAGAAGGUUGUCAAAUACAGCAAAUUGCCAACAGGAACCCGAAAAACCCUGCUUACCAACUGGAAGUAUUCGCCCAGAAUGACUUCAGUCCGGUAAAGACCUUCUAUGCCAUUGGCGACCAUGCUGGAGGCAACAAUGUAGCCGACUGGACAAAGAUGUCCGAGUAUAGUGUGUUCAUUCCAGUUCUUUUGCCUGGAGGAAUUCCUCUCUACUGGACCGUGAAGGUGAAAAAUUCAGAAAACUUAGAAUCUGUCACAAGCUGUAAACUCAAUACCUAUGACUCCAGUGUACCUGACGGCCGAUUUGAUCCCUCGUAUCCAUUUACCAGUCGUCCAAACACUCUGCGUGGCACGGUGAUAAUUAUGGAUGAUACACCCUUGCUAGAGGAAGGUCACAUAGCAAUCGGGUAUGGCCCAGGUAACCAGGGAGUACAGGUAAUGCCUUGGAGGAAACUGAAACUUCAGAAGACUAAAGAACGACCGGACGAGAAAAGUGAACUCAAGUUUUUCACAGUUCCAAAACCAGGUAAAGUGACCAAACCUAGCUUCAAGAGUUUGGUAACGAAAGACAGCGAAGAAUGUUCACGCCAAUGUAUCAAAACUGGUCCGAAAUGUCUGUCAUUUGAUUAUGAAACUGCAACCUCCAUUUGUGAUAUGAACGACGUAAUUGAGGGUGGCGGAAUCGAGAGACGCAGGAGUGGUUCCUACAGCCAUUACCAAAGACUUGGCACCACCUAUAUGACCUAUGUCGACUUUGAUCAGCUCAAUCUACAUCAUGGCACACCUUAUUAUAUAAAUGUCGGUGUAGAAAACGAACUCGGUUAUAAAAAUACACUGCCAUCUGUGCCAAUCAUACCUGAUUUUACUCCGCCUGAACCUGGCCCUGUCGGAAAUAGUACCCAAGAUGUAAUCAUUGCGGAUGGAUGUGAAGCAGCUUUUAAUCAACGAUGUAUUGACGUCAUUGACACUCCAAACCACAGGAAAAUUAUUGAUGGAAUCGGUGCCUCAACCAUAUUCAAUGGUCAUCUAGUGGGAACUGACCAGCGCUACACUCUAUCAACAGCUCAUAUCACAGCCAACUGGGAUGGUUUCCAAGACAAGGAAAGUGGAAUCUGGAGUUAUACCUGGGCUGUAGGCAAAACUGUCUGUGACAGCGACGUCGUCCCCUUCUCUGAACCAAUGACCAACAUGGGCAGUGUUGACCGCCUUCAAAAAUCUGGUUUUGCCAGCAAUCUCCAGCUAACCGACGGACCCUACUACAUCACAGUGCAGGCCCUCAACAACGUGGUUCUGGGUGGGGCCAUGGUUACCACAGUAUGCCACUCACAAGCCCUCACUGUUGACACAUCACCACCCGAAUUCCACAGUGUUGAGAGUUUCACCUUUGACGAAGACUUUGACACUCUGACCAUUUACUACAGUGCUAAAGAUGAAUUGUCCCUGAUAGCCAAGGUGGACUUUGGUCUUGGUAAGACCAAGCACGACUCAAUGGUUCGUGCCUAUUCUACUUAUCCUAGUGAACUCAAUGGACGGCAGAAAAUUGUUAUCGAAAAUUUGGCCCUCACCGCUGGGACAACAGCCUGGAUUAGACUGAGGGUUUAUAACAACGUUGGCCUGUACACUGCUGGUCAUGGAGAUGUACCACUGCUCAAAGACGACACACCUCCUAAUGCCGGGGUGGUGUAUGAUGGCAAAGACAUUGAAAAGGACGCUGGAUUUCAGUCAGACAGAUCCUUGAUUUGUGCUCACUGGGACCUGUUUACAGAUGAAGAAACAGGAAUUGGCAGGUAUAAAUGGGCAGUUGGAAGCCAAGUUGGUCUUGCAGACAUCGUACCAUUCAGAGAAUUGUCUCAUGGCACCAAGAAAGCUUGUGCAUCACUCCCGCCUUCUCUUCUACGACACAACACAACUUAUUAUUCCACUGUGAUAGCUUUCAACAAUGCCCUGAACUCACAGAGCACCUGGGCUUUCUCAAACGGAGUUCUUCUGGAUACUACACCCCCUGUUGCCAGUUGGGCCAAAGAUGGCAGUGACCCACUUAGAGAUAUGAAUUUUGCCUCAGACCCAGCAAAAGUCUCAUGCAACUGGGGUGCGUUCGGUGACCAGGAGAGUGGUAUUGACUACUAUGAGGUGGUUAUGUUUGUCAACGAUGUACGUCUGAAGAGCACACGCGUUAACAAUGAAACCCAGUUUGAAGACAACGCUGUAAGCCUGAAAUGUGGUGUGAAAGUCCGGUUUGAAAUUAUAGGAUUCAACAAAGCUGGCCUUUCCAAUGUUACCUCCACAGAUGGGUUCCUUCUAGAUUGCACUCCGCCCAAACUAAAAUCAAUACAAGCAUCUAAGAACGGUCUGCGUUACCAGGCACGCAAUGACUCUUUGGAUUUAGAAUGCGACUUUGUGGAUUCAGAAUCAGGAAUGGCAGAAUACAGAAUCGAAAUCUUUGAGGAAUUUCAGGGACAAAAGCAACAUUUCUGGCCAAGAAAUCAAACCUACCAUGUGAUUGAUUUGAAAGGUGUAACUGACGCCCAGGUUUCAAUCCCAGUGCAAAACCUCAAAUUACAAAUAGGAGCUAUGUACCAUGCAGAAGUUCUGGCAUUAAAUGAAGCUGGGCUUUCAGCAUCAGUGAAUUCGGAUGGGGUCCUUGUUGACAUGACCCCACCAAUUCUGAAAAAUAUACGCAUUGGUCUUGAUGAAGAAGAGGAACUGGCUGAUGACGGCAGCAUAAUAUUGGACGACCCAUCUCACGUGGUCAUCAGCUGGACGUCACGUGACCCUGAGAGUGGUAUCGCAAGAGUCCUGACAGCUAUUGGGACAAGUCCAGAUGAAAACGAUGCUGGUUUUGGCUCUGUGACCGGUGGCUAUGUGGAGGUCAACAGCAGAGGUAACAGCAGCAGUAGCAGCAGCAGCAGCAGCAGUAGUAGUACUAGCAGCAGUAGUAGCAAUAGUGCAGUAUCAUCUGUGAUAUUCGACAGCCUGAAGCUGAAUGUGACAUCAGACACUGGUGACAUGUAUUAUGUGAGUAUUGUUACUUACAACGGUGCUGGGCUGGCAUCUGCGACGAUCGUCUCAAGACCAAUAACCGUACUGGAAGCAAACGUUCCUGGUAUCCUCUACGAUGGAACUUCUAUGUUAACAGAUAGAGACUUCAGUAUCGACAAAACAACCGUUUCCUUCUCCUUUAAAGGUUUCCGAAGCAAAGCCUGUAACAUCGUCAGCUAUGAAUGGGGUAUUGGAAGCCGGCCAUACUUUUCUGACCUGCGUCCCUUCAGCCCACAUGGACUCACCAUGGACAAUGUCACUGUUGGUCAUGGCCAGGCACACGUCCUGUUCAACAAUGGUCAACACUAUUAUGUCAGUGUCCGUGCUCUGACAGGACCCAGAUGCCGAGAUAAAUACAUUCUGUCCACUUCUAACGGUCUGACAGUCGACUCUGUUAAGCCAUCUUUGGACAUAGAAGACUGCACCAGUGGACCAUUGAUUUGCUUUGCCGACUCACCAUACUUUGUUAGAGACAUAAACUCUUUGAAUUUUGUCUGGAGUUCAAACGAUCAAGAUUCAAAAGUAAAAACCAAUUUCUGGUUUUGUGGGAGUUUACCCAUGGAGGACAAUGUGAAAGCUAAAACUGAAACAGAAGCCUUAUUCAUACCGAAAUCUACUUUGAAAGAUGUAGAACAGACAGGUGAUACAGUUUUUAUAUCUGUCGGUGCCAUUGACAGUGCUGGAAAUAAGGAGAUUUUAACAUCAAAUUCCAUCACAGUUGAUAACACAAAACCUAAAGUCUUGGACUUUACUUGUUCAGAUGCCAUUUCGAAGUUCCAGACUACAGUAAAAUGUUCUUGGUCUGCGAUAGAAGAAGUUGAGAGUUUGCUGGGAUUGACCACUUUUGCUUUAGGAACGAAAAACAAUAUUUAUGACAUUCUUCAACCAACACCUGUUUUUGCUGACCAAAUGCUAUGGGAAUUCAACUUGGCUGACCCCUUGGAGGCAGGCAAAUUUCAAGACGUGUCCACGCUGUAUGUCACACUGAAUGCCACGAACAUUCUUUCAUUGAGCAGGACACUGACUCGCAGUGUCACCAUAGACAGGACACCACCACAAGUGCACGAUAUCAACAUUAUAACCAACACGGAAAUAAGUAAGACUAACAAAACUUUGACUGAAAUUCCGAGAUGCCAAGACACCAAUAACUAUUUGGAGAUUUCCAUGGAAGGAAUGGCAGAUAAGGAAUCUCAAAUUGAUAAAAUUGAUGUGGUGGUCAGCAGUUCACACAAACAAGGCUAUUUGAAAAUGCUCACAUUAACUAAGAUCUCACCAACUGUAAUUAUCUCGGACAUAUAUGCACCAGAUGGCGCCACUCUUUCAGCAAUCAUCACUGUUUCAAAUUCUGCUCGGUUGCGCACUCAAAUCACCCGGUCUGUGAUAGUUAGCACCAAUCCAAAACUCACAGUCGAAGAUGGUGCCCUAACCGAAAACAGUGACUUCCAGAGUGACCUUUCAACUAUUCAAGGACACUGGACUGUUUCUGGAAACUGUCCUGUCGUUCAAGCUGAAUGGUCAGUUCAAGACAUCUUUGGUAAAGUCAUAAGUGAUUUUAAGCCGGUGCUCACUGAUGGUGUCGUGUCCAGCGAUGAAUUCUCACUUGAAAACGGUCACACCUACAUUAACAUCAUUCGAGUGACCGAUGCUCUCAACAGGACACUAAUGUCUCGUUCAGACGGUAUUACAGUUAUGAUACAACCACCAGACCCUGGUAAAGUGAGGGAUGGCCUUGUCGGGGAUGAUAAUAACUAUCAGUUGUCUUUGACUGAACUCUCAGCAAAUUGGGACGAAUUUGGUGACCGUUCAUCCGAGUCUUCAACCCAGAAGAUCAGCCAUUAUGAAGUAGCUGUCGGGACAAGUCGAAUCAAUGCAAGAAGCAGGCACAAUGUUCAUGAUUUCGUCAAUGUUGGAGUCAAUACAUCAUACACGUUCACCAACUUGAACUUGACUGCGAAAACCGUCAGUUAUUAUGUAACUGUGAGGGGUCACAGUGAGGCCGGUAGUUUUGCUGAAGUUUAUUCCGAUGGCAUCCGAGCCGGAUACUCGAGCGAGAUCGUUGUCGGCCAAGUAGAAUAUGCGACUGUACAAUCGUUAACAGAUCAAAUCGAAGUGUCGUGGAAAGGCUUCAUGUCCGAUAUUGGUAUGAAGUGUUACAUUGUUGGUGUGAGUGACAAGACACCUGAAAUACAUCACCAUACACAAACCGACAACAGCAAUGGUACGGCAUCAAAGGUUCCAGUCGAAUGUAGCGAAAUUUACGCCAAGCAAAGUUCUUUCAACGUGCAACAAUUGAAACAUGUUGGCUUAGACACUUUUGUGGCACUAAAGAAUCUGUCUCUUCAUCACGGGGGCGCAUAUUAUGUCACUGUUAUUGCUGAAGACAUCACUGGACAUUGCGAAGCAAUGACGGGCGAGCCUGUUAAAGUGGACACAACUCCACCGAAAGUCGGAGUAGUCAUGGUUAACGAGGUCGGAAACACCAGUAUUGUGUACGCCACAGAAACUGACAGACUUCACGUGUCUUGGCAUUCAUUUGAAGAUAUCGAAUCUGAUAUAAGUAAAUAUGGAAUCACCUUGAUAUCCCGAACUUUAGACAAGUGUGAUGAAACUCAUCCCGGUUCAGAUGACUCUCGUCAACGCCACAACGAUUAUGUCAUUGAUCACAUGUCGCUAACGAACGUCACUGAAGCUGACUUUUAUCAUUUAGAUUUGAUUGAAACGGAAGUUUAUUACAUUCGUGUAACGGCCUUCAACGGUGCUGGUCUGAACAACAGCAUUAGUUCUGUACCAAUAAAGGUUGACCGAACACCACCUUUGGUAGGAUCGGUCAAGCUAGGAAGUGAGUGGUCAACAGAGAUGACGUUUCAGGCAAACACAACAGUCAUGUCUGGAGUAUUUGCUCUCGCUAGUGACCAGUACUCCUACGAAUGUCCACGAGAGCAAAGUAUAAUCAAGGAAGGCAAGUUAAUUGACCUGUGGUUGCCUAUGAAUGAGAACGAAGGUUUUGCAGCCGAUGAAAUGUCCAUAAACCAGAACAAAAUACUACUGACCAUACGUUAUGAUGAUUCACUGGUUCAUCUUAUAAAGGGUGGGUUACGAUCAGAGCCGAUGACUUUGCUCGCUGGAAACUACACGUCAGUUAUACAAGCAUUGGCUGGAGAAAACAUGGUCACUUCAGUAGCACUAGCACCGGAUAUAACGAUUGGUCCACAAACAUUUAAAUUGCCACAAAGUCAAUUCUCAUUUUACCAAAAUGAACUGACUGAUGGCAUCAUAUUGGAUGCCAAGGCAUAUAGUCUUGAGAAUAGCACCGCAAAUGGUAGCAAGAAAAUGAAUGAAACUAAAUCAAACGUCACACGACAGAGAGACCCGAGUGUCUUUGGAAUUGGUUACCACAUUAUUGGCUAUAAAGAAUCCGGGUCAAGCACAUGGUACUGCUUGUUCUGGACCACUGAUAAAAACGGAGAGAAACAAGAAUGGAUUGACUUGGAUUUCGAUCCGACAACAGCCAGCAACGAGUAUGUAAUCUCUCUUGUGAAAGAGGAAACCGUCACACAGGAAACAACGUUCACGGCCAGGUUCUUGGUAAAUGGCCAGGAGAAAGUGUCAUACAGUGGUCUGUCUUUUCAGUAUCAGAUCCACAGUUACCUGUACGUGAAGAAUAUCGAAGGUUACAAACCUCCCAUCACAGAUCCUUUCAAUACAUUCUCUGCUCAAGCAGUCAUAUCAGAUUUCAGGACCCCAAUAGAAACUAAAAAACUCUGCAAAUAUGGAUUAGCAUUCUUCGAUGGCGAUAGUGGAAUUCAUGAAAUUUGGUUGGGUCUCUCAGAUAAACCAACAACAGAUGUUUCAAAAAUAAUGCCUUACAAGCUACACUCAAGAUUUUGUAAACCCUGCCUGUCCCCUUGCACAAUUGGCUGUGAUAAAAAGUGUUCGAACACUGAAUCCCAACGCAACGGAUUUAAUGUUAUUCACUUCAAGUUGACGGGUCUCAAUUUGAUCCCUUCAUCUUUUAAUGCUCCACCGAAUGGAACUUUAUCGAGUUCAAGCAGCCUGAAAAAGUCUGACGAUUUGGUAUCAUAUUACCUCCAAGUGAAAGCGGUCAACUAUGCCGGUCAAGAAACAGUGGGUGUAUCCAAAGGGAUCAUGGUCGACCUAACCCCGCCAAAAUUUCAAUCUGUUACCUGUAUUGACCCUUCGUACUCAAUGGACGAACCUUCAGACUACCAAGGGACCACCAAAUCUGUCGGCGCUUACUGGGAAUGUGAGGAAGAUGUUGGUGAAAUCAUUGAUUACUCAAUGGGCAUCGGUACGAAACCUGGGGUUACAGACGUAUACAUUGAGAAAGAAAAAGAUGUCAAGAAGAAGGACCAACGAGAUUUGAGAAAGAAACGUGCUCUGGAUGGGCUUGAACACCUGUUACAAACAAAACAUACAUACUAUGUCGUCGUCAUAGCAACCAAUAAUGCUGGCCUGAAAGCUAGCAUGUCCUGCAACAUCACAAUAGACACAGACCCGCCUGUCGUGAAGAAUAUCUUGUCGAAACCGGUUGGCACUUACAAGAGUUUCUCCGACGGAGAACCAGCCAGUCUGCUUGAAGACAGCAACCACAUUGAAAUCAACUGGUCGGGAGGACCGAAGGAAAUAGCUUUCUACGAAUGGGAGAUUGGGUCAUCUUCUGGUCAGUCGGACAUAUUUCCCCGAAUCAAGAUCGGUACCGGCAGAAGUAAGAAGGUCUCCCUGAUCAACGGUCAGCUGUUUAUGGAUGGUGCUUCAGCCAAUGACUCCAUGUCUAUAUCAAUGAUGGCUAAACGGAACUACACAAAUGACCAGUCAAUCGAAGAGACCAAAAAGUCAUCGGUUUUCCAGAUGGAACCAGGCCGAUGUCUCCACUACAGCCUGUAUGCGGUCAGCAAAUCUCAUCUGGCUGCACCUAUCAAUCUACCACCCACUUGUAUCACUAGAAAAACUGAUGUGAUAGAGAGUUUCAACCCUUCUGUGACUAGAACCAUCGACCUGGGUGGUGGUGGUGGUGGUGGUGGAAAACCAGGAGGAAACAAACAGCAUGAAAUUAAACUCAAGGUGGAAGGUAUUGAAGGUAGAAUUAUGACCGGUCAACUAACAGCGAAGGACCUACAGUCUGGCUUCGGAUCUGCAGCAUCCAUUUCCUAUAAAUCCUUCAUCAAUGAUCCUUUGACCAGUAAAAAGCAGACAUCUCGUUUCAUGAGGGGCAGAAUCCAAGAGUUCCUAAAUUCCUCCUUCUACAUGGCACCUGCCCCUGUGGCGAAAUUGUCGAAACCUUUGAAUGUGGAACUGAAAUUUGAUGCACACAAAAACUUUGGAGAGAACAAACCAAUGUUGAUAUUCUGGGACACAGAUUCCCAGACAUGGGGAAGUGUUGAAGAGAAUUGCAACAGCAAACCAGAUAUUGACAUGGCGACUGGGACCUACAAAGUAAAGAUCUGUCCUUUCAACAGCCUCCACUCCAAUGAAGAUGAGAACCAACAACGCUCAAGGAGAAGUGCAAGCACCUCUGGUUUUAAACCGACGCAGUAUUCUUUCGUGUCCGCCGGUCCAUAUGUGAACACGCCACCAAUUAUUCUGACAGACAAAAUCUUGGUCACUGAAGACCAACCUUUGACUGUGAAAAUCAAAUACCAGGACAAAGAGAAUGAUUCUGUUUCCUUUUCCAUUACAACGCCUCCUUCCUUAGGCAAGGCUCUCAUUGUAAACAAUACAGUCUUGUCGUACAAACCAAACAAAGAUGCAUAUGGAACUGACAGUCUGGUUGUAACUGUAAAGGAAAAUAUCAAUAAACUGUCUCCAUCUCUGGAUUCUUCAAAAAAUAUUUCAGUCGUUAUAAAAGGUGUCAAUGACAGCCCAAACAUUCUCUACAUGCAAAGAAACGGACAAGAAAUAAGGGUAAACACUAAAAGCAACAUCACUGUCUUAUUGGAAGGCAACUCUACUGGUUAUCAGCUUGGAAAUGUCAUUCUCACCGAUGUUGAUAACAAUGAAACAUUUUACUGGAGAAUUUUACCCACAGCCUUGCUCCCCAGUUUCUUCAAAAUCACCAAAGUUCCAGUCUCUAAGGGUAACUCGGUUACAGAGGAGAUCCAUCAUGCCAAAACGGUUGCUAAUUACUCGUUGACUUUGAGCCUGCCCAAAAACAUGACCGGUCAUUUCGGGUUUCGCUUCCUAGCAUCAGAUGAUAAAAGUAUUCUAAGAAGCAUCACCCAAAUUCUGACCCUUGACCUGUGGAUUUUCACCAACCCAUGCGUUCAUGGUCACUGCAAAGUCAAUCCCAACUUCCAGACGAGAUGCUCCAGCAGGUCGCGUGUCAGUAGCUUUGAUCAGUUCCUUUGUGAGUGUGACGAUGGUUAUAUGGGUCAAUGGUGUUCAGAGAAGAAGCCGGAAGCAAAACAGGAGCCUGCUGUUGCUUGGGCAGAAAUCACAGCUUACUGUCUGUCGGCCACCUUGGGCUCCUUGUUGAUAGGCAUUGUGAUAUAUUUCGUUCUGAAGAAGAAGUAUGCUCCAAACAAAGUGACUCCCGUUCGCAGAUUCAGUGAAUCUCUUGAGAGGGAGACAACACAACAGAUUGUCCAGUGUAUGGUCAACAAUCCUAUUACUGCAUUGGAACAAGAAGAGAAGUCACUGCCAUGCAACACCACCAAAUCCACUUCUGACAACAGCACGACGGACCUUUGUCCAGACACGACCAGCGACACCACUGAUGGCCACCUAAUGGGCAGACUUGUGACAAUCCUUGAAGGAGGGCCAGUGACCCCGGCAGGAGGAACAGGGGGAGGCGUGGUGAUGGUUAAGCAGGGUAGGCCAGAAGGGAAUGACCCUGGUCAGGAAGACCAAGACACAAUCAUUCUAGAACGUUCGCCAUCAGAACUGACCCAAGUGUCCAUUUAGAACACCCCGACCACACACCCACCUAAAAUAA